GGUCAAAUUAAGUUUUCGCAAGUGUCAUCAUCAACCUACCAACGCCGCUGAAUCAAAGAGUUCGUCUUUUUCUGAAUUUAUUUUCAUGGCGGCGAUUUCUCUCUCGUCGUCCACGAUUCCCUCGCUGAAAUCGAAAGAAUCGUCUAGUGUUUCUGCUUUCACUUCUCGUUCUAUCUCUGCAGUUAAAGUUCAGUUUCCCGUUCGUCGGGUUCGAACAGGAGACUUGAAGUUUCCAUUUUUAACUUCAACGACGCGGUGCACUCCUAGACCUAUUGAAGCCAAGAAGCAGACAUAUGAUUCAUUUGAGGAUCUACUUGUGAAUUCUGAUAAGCCAGUUCUAGUUGACUAUUAUGCAACCUGGUGUGGCCCGUGCCAGUUCAUGGUUCCAAUACUCAAUGAAGUGAGUACAACCCUGAAAGACAAGAUCCAGGUGGUGAAGAUCGAUACGGAGAAGUACCCGAGUAUUGCCAAUAAAUACAAGAUUGAGGCACUUCCUACAUUUAUCUUAUUCAAAGAUGGAGAACCUUGUGAUCGCUUUGAGGGUGCUUUGACGGCCAAACAGCUCAUCAAACGAAUUGAGGAUUCUCUGGAAGUGCAGCCUUAGUUAUGGAUCAUGAACUCUUUUAGUUGUCUUUCCACUCUUUUAGAUGUUUUCAGUUGAUUAAGAAAGAUAUUUAUGAAUACCAGAUUUGUAAAACCUUCUUCUCAGUAAUGAUCUUUUAUUCCCAAAGUAAUAACAGAGAAGCUGUUUUUCAACA